AUGGCGUUGCCCUCAUCAGGAAGCUCUCAGGAGCAGCGCCGUUGGCUAGUGGUGGGUAUUGCUCUUCACCAUGUCCUUACUCCAUGCCUCAGAGACAAGAUUGAAGCCGAAUUGACUCCAUUCUACCAGCAUUUGGUCCGAAGCUUUGGCCUGGACAAACAAACGUACCCAUCUUUCAUGAGGAAUAUUCCACCGUCCACGGUGAACUUGAACUAUGAAAGUAUUAAUAAUAACCACACAAACCCGCACCGUAGCCACUACGACUGCUGUGUAAGGGAUGAGGUGUCUUUGGCCAAGCUAUUUAUGAAACCUUUCAUGGCGAAGUUCAAUGCGUUUGACAGUUCUUUUGACUCUUCAGCAGCCCUAGCAGUUCUUAAUCAAGCUCCGCCAUUCACGUCUGUCAAACCGUUCGCUGAGGAUGUUAGGUCAAAAGUUCGUAAUGAAUGGGCCCAUUGUGAUUUCACGGCUUGGACGCAGGGACAUUAUGACACAUGCUUUGAUCUUAUGGAGGCCUUGAUUAAAAGACUAAGUUUACCUCUCGUCGAUGAAGCAAAAGCUUUGGAUUCACUGAAACUGUGGAGAAAACAAGGUAAAGUGAUUUAUAUUGGCAAGCGACUUCACUGUAGUAAUGUGUUGAUAAUAAUCUAUUUAAGCAAUAGACCACACUUUCCAUGAGUUUUUACCGCGUGAUAACCCACUUGGGAUGUUGGGAGAACACUCGAAAAGCUUGUAAAUCAAGAGCCGAAGGCACAGUGUGGUUUAUUGCUUUUAUAAAAUAACUUUAAGUUUUCUAUGAGUUUACCGGCACCAUAAACUAUAGGUUUUUAACCAAUCAGAACGCACGUACUAUCUUAGUUAUUUUAUAAAAUGAUAGUAAUAGGCAAAAUCCAACAAACCUUUGACAUCCUACCUAUGCGUCGUGAGAAACAGUUCUAAGGCCAUAAGGCUUGUAUAUGUUUAAAAAAAUGACACCAUUCUCACUUAACUCGGUUGCACUCAGUUACUAUAAUAUAAAAGGCAAAUCAUGUAAACCAUGUAUUAUUAAUCCAUGUUGUCUUAAUCCAUAGUUCACCAAUCCAUUGAUUUGUACACUAGUAUGGCCCCCGUGACGGCAUGUGAAAACGAUCUUCUCUGAGGAGGGAAGGUUCUGCUUCAGUAUUACCCUAAACAAUUCGACAAAAGUCUUACAGCUGGGGAGAGAGGGGGGACCGGUUAGCAAUAAAAUUCAUGAUGGUACUGACUUGAAAGUCAUAGUUACUUUCACAGUUACAUACUCUUCGCCAUUUAUUUUUACUUACGUCUGAAUCAACUAUUCUUUUAAAGGAAAAAAAAAACCUCUAAUCAGCUGUCAUUGCUAGAAGGGAAGAGCGGAGCAGUAUUGAACAGCUGUUUUAAAAUGACGGAGGGUUAUUCCCCUUGUAUUUUCUUCUACAACCCCAAGUAUAUUAACUUGUUGUUCAUUUAUAGCGUCACGUUCUAUAUAUGCCUAAUUCAAUAACUGUUGAGGCUUUCGCAAUUCGCCAGUGAUAAUUUGGUAUUAGGCAUUUAUGUAUAUACGGAACGAACUGCAAUAAUUUGCCUGAGUGAUCACCAAACAAUUGCAUGGGAUGUCAAUGCGCAAUUCCCAAUGUCCAAAGCAACCUUCAUUGAAUCGGCUAUAUAAUAAAAUAUAGUUGCUAAAUACGACGCUACAACAACCUCGUAAAUCAAGACGCUUUUCCCUGGCCAAAGCCAGGGAAAAGCGCCCUGGGGACGAGGUUGGACGCUACAACUCAUUUAGUAGGUAUAAAUAAAGGACAUUUAGACAUUACUCGCUCUCACUCCUAUCUUCGUAGACAAACGUACUAAGCGAGGAUGGAACACUCAAGAGGUUUAUCGGCCUGGGUCAAAGAUGUGUUCGGAGAAUGAUUAAUUGACAAUAUCUCUCGCUUGGAAUUCCUAGAACAAGAUGAACUUUCCCCCAAAGUAAAUCUUGAGGUCCUCUUGUGCCUUAACAUUUAAUUAUAGUCACGUAACUUGUCAUUUGACGCCGCGUGACCAAAAAUUUAAAAUGAAGGAAACUGGCGAAUUAGUGGCACAUUUACUGUACUUUGUCUGGACAAAUAAAUUGGCAUUCCUGAUAGAGAGAAAUAUAAUUUACUUUCUAAGUUUGGCAUGAAUAUACUCGAAGUUUAAAAUUAAAGUUUUAAAUUAUUCAAGAUUAAAUUUGGACUUUUAAAAUAAUGUCUCCCCCAUAAUUUUUGUUUCAUUGAAGUGCAAUGGACAGUCAUUCCAAAUGUGAAGUGUUAGAAAUAUUUAAUACGACUGAGAAAAAUUUUAUUGCUUGAUUUCUGUUCUUAAAGCCGUCACCAAUUUGUCAAUUAUUGAACAUUUUUAGUAAAAUAGUCACGUGACUUAACAGCACAAUAUUUAUUCUUUAAAAUGUUAAGAACGACGAGUUAUAUAUUUGUGCCAAAUUUCCCAUUAGCUCCAUCCUCUGUUUCGAAGUUAUAGCCAAUAAAACUUAACUACCAUAGGUAAAAUCAAAAUUGGCGGAAGAGUUAGGAUUCCAAACCUGAUUGUCGGUGUUAAUUCUUGGUAAACUAUGCAUUGCACUCGUUAACUCGCACAUUCCACGACUGGUUGACUUGGUAUAUAUUUCUGCAGUAUUAGUGCCUCCUUUCUUCUAUGACAUGUCCUCCUGUUUAACGGCAGUGUUAUCUCGUACUGAUUUUUCUUUUGUAAUUAUAUUGACCAAAACGAUUCUCUGUUGGUAAAUUAAAACUGCAGCUUUUGGCCUCGUUCUCUUCAUGCGCAAAAACAACGUUUCCGAACACUGAAAUUUCUAAAGAGUUGAAAUACCUUAAGCGGUCCCUUUCUUUACAGGUUGUAUGGAUCCAGGCUUUUCCACGAGGAAAAAGGGAAACUAACCAAUAACUUUUAAUCUAAAGUUUAAGUUUACUGAGUAAACCUCUUUCUAUGCUCUAUACUACAAAGCUUGUUUACAGAGGUCGUCAGGCCCUUAGAAUCGCGACUUUGGUUUUCGCGUUUCAUAUUUUGCGUCCAAGAUUGCUCUUGUUACAUUUUUAAGUAACUGUUUUCAGUUUUUAAAUCACCUGCAAUGUUUUUCUACAGGGCAAGACAUAUGUCUCGGAAAGCCCCUUGACGACACUCUUCUUCAACUCGUAAGGCAGGAAGUUCAACAACUAUCUGACUCGUUUGAUAAUUUGAAGGACGAAGACAGGCGCAUAUACGCUACUCUUGGCUUUCUUAAAUCUGAGUUAGAUACGGCCAUUGCCACUCUUCAAGAAAAGCAAUCUGAGUUAGAAGUAACUUGCAAAGAACUUAAGCAACAUAAAGAAAUGUUGACAGAGAAAAUGAGUGCCAAGGAUAAGGAACUGGAGAUGUGCCGGGAAAGUACACAAAAAGUGCAAAACCUCUGCAAACGUUUAGAAGUGGAAACCAAUUCUAUGCAGCAAGAAUUGGAUUUCUUAAAAACAGCCGUAAAAAGCUUACCACCACAUUCAGAAGAUUUCAUUGAUAUUGUAUUUGAUGCCCCAGAGCAAACCAAGUGGUUUACGGAAAGAGAAAACGAAAUUAAAAAUAUUGAAAAGUGCCUUCCACUGAACAAGCGCAAAGAAUUAAAAAUGGCAGCCAUUUGUGGUCUCGGGGGAUGUGGAAAGAGCACUCUAGCAACCUACUUUGCUUGGAAACGUAAACAAGAAUACGAAGGAGGUGUGUUUUGGUUCUCCAUGGAGGAAGACAGAAAGUUUGAAAGCUCUGUAAGUGAACUAGCUCUGCGUUUAGGUAUUCAGGCAAAUUCAUUUGAUUUCACCCUGUCCAAACUUCUUAUGUGGAUCUCCAAGCAGGAAAAACCGUGGUUGAUGGUUCUUGAUGAUGUCGACCAACUAAAAUUCUCUGAACAAAUGCACAUGAUUCUAUCUGGUCGGUGGAAAAGACGAGCACAUGGCCACAUCCUGCUUACCACAAGACGUGAAUCAAAGGAAGUGUGUAGUUCGGUGGAUCUUGAGCCAUCUUGCUGUGUUGAGAUCUUCUCCUUUUCAGAAGAAGAAGCCAAGAGGUUUCUUCGUGUCCGAUGUGGUGCCACCAGUACAGGAAAAGAGGUGGAGUUAGAUGAGCUGGUGAGGGAGCUCGGUUGUCUUCCUCUUGCAUUAGAACAAGCUGGUGCACACAUCAAAACCCUCCAGUGCUCAAUCGCGGACUAUCUUGAAUCAUACAAAAUUCAGCGAGUGCAGUUAUUAAGUGAGCAUCCACGUGCAAAACCAUUAUGGGAAUAUGAGUCACAGAACCGACUUGCAGUGCACACUACGUGGCUUUUAAACUUUGAGUAUGUUAAAAAAUCACCGCAAGGCGAAUUAGCAUCUAAAUUUUUAGAGGCCUCAGCGUUUUUUGCACCAAAUGAAAUUCAGGAAGAACUUAUCAACUGUGAACUGCUUUCUACUGAUAAAACCUCUAACAUUCUAUUGAUGAAAAACCAAAUUGUAGAGGUUUUGACCAAGUUUUCACUCUUCCAGAGGAAAAGCAACAGAACUCUUGCAUUGCACCGACUGGUUCAGGAAGUAAUUCGGAACAAAAUGACCUUUCAAGAAACGGCCACCUCGAUGCGUUCAGCCGUGAAACUUCUUUAUCAGGCUUUUCGAAAUUGCCCAUCACCAGACGAGGUCCUUGUUUAUGUCUCAUCAAGUGACCAAGAGCAACCGUCUGCUUUCUUAACAAACCAAUCUCUGUUCUAUUUGUGGUCCAGACUAACAACACAUUCCUCUGAGUUACAGCAACACCUCAAAACGUUGCUGUAUGAGGAAAACAUUGGUAGAGAAAUCAAAGAAGUGGCAUUAACUAGUGAGACGUCUCGUGUUGUUUACGAAAAUGCAAUCCAACUUAGUGUGCAUGGACAUCAAGCAGAGGCCAAGGAAGCCGAACGAUUAGCAUUUCGUAUUUUUGAUUCUUGUCCAGGUACCGACGGGCGCAUUUCAAAGGAGGAUGUAACUAAACUAUUUCCUCACGUUUUACCUCUCCCUAAAGUGAUUCAGAAAACGGUGUUGUAUUCAUCUCGACGUCCAGUGGAGUGUUCGACGCUUUCAGGACAUGCUACCGAACACAGCCAUUUUGAGAAUGAACCACUUCGUUUACGAGGAAAUGCUCUUUACAAAGAAGGAUUUUAUGAAGAAGCCGUUGAAGUUUACUCAGAAGCCCUUGAAGCAUACGAUGAAGGGAAGCAACCGGAUCCCCGUUUGCUUAAUAAUCGAGCAACUGCAUAUCUCAAACUGCGAAAUUUUCAACAGUGUCUACAAGAUUCCGAGGAGUACAUUAAGAUUUUGCCCACUUGCUGGAAAGGAUACACGAGGAAAGCCUUAGCUCUCAAUGGACUUGGAUUGCGUUUUCCCGCCUUGUGUUCUGCAGCCAAUGCCUACUACCGCGAUGGAAAGAGUUGUCGUCGUUUCGAGGCAUUUGUAAACGUGUUUAAGGACCUGGAUGGGAAAUGGGUAGUUGUUGACUCCUCCGAAUCUCUUCAACAUUGUCUUAAACUUAACCAUGAAUACCGAUGGCAGAGGACAGUUCUUCUUAAGAAUGGGCAGUAUGAUUUAACCGACUUCCAAAUCAUUACGAAUACUGCCUUAGCUGCCCUUGAAAAAAGCCCAGAUGUUGUCAUCACCUGUGAUCAGCCUUUUUUCUACCUUGGGUGCUUUUGCCAGAACAUUGCCUUUAUAGGAAAGGAGGAGAUAACUGUAACUCCAGAUGCAAAUGUGGAAUUUCACAAAUGCAGUUUUCGGAACUGUACACCAAUGAAACCGGCGUUGGCAAUUAAUGGAACAGCAAAGUUAGUUGAAUGUACAGUUAAGGACAGUAGAGGAAGCGGAAUAGGCGCACAAGGACCUAACUCAUCAGUUACACUGAUUAAAUGUGAGAUCAGUGGAAACGGAAACAAGGAAAACGGGUACGUCUACGGAAUAAGGGUGUUUAAUAAAAAGCGUUUAUUAGCUCAUGAAUGCCGGAUAUAUGGCAAUGUCAGGGGAGUUUGGCUUGACGAGGGUCCAGUGGGUGGCCCUGGUUCUCAAGCAGAAGGAGCAAUAAUAACAGAUUGUGAGAUUUAUGACAAUAAAUACGAAGGCGUUGUGGUUGGUGGCGUUCCUUGGCUUUCAAAUGAAUUUCCCGUCGUUAUUAUGCGUGGGAACAAAGUUUAUCACAAUGGCACAUUUGGUGUUCGCUCGACCUUUAAUAUCAACAACAUUCUCUUUGAAAACAACAAUGUGUUUGAAAACAUUUGGUGGGGAGUUAGUGUUCACAACAACUCUGGCGGUGUCUAUAGAGACAAUGAGAUUUGUAACAACAAAAUGGGUGGUAUAAUGGUGGGACCCCAGUCUCCUGGAAAGCCACCUUGUGUAGUGGUAAACAACCUUAUCCAUGACAAUUGUGGGCCAGCUUAUCGUGAAGGACUUCGUUUCGCCGAACGUGAUUCUUUUCCAGUGGAGUUACAAACUCAUUUUAAUCGCAUAAAACAAGAAAGUAUACAAAAACCAUGGUUAAAUUACAAUGUAUCUUUUCCCGGCAUGGUAAUGGCAGAAUUCAGCUCCAACCGUUGUUUUGAAAAUGAUCACGCUCGGAGACCUGUCAAGACGGACACCAUGAAGGCGCACUGUGCCUUCUGCUUUCGACACGAUUCUGACAUGAAAUCGUGCAAAGGCUGUAUGACAGCAAAGUACUGCAGCAAGAAAUGCCAAACUUUACACUGGAAAAAGCAUAAGCACACAUGCAAAGCUACUGGACAAAGGAACUCUGUGGAAGUAGAAAUACCCUUUUUAGCGCCGGAUACUAUCAUUGAAUUAACGACUCAUCCAAGCUUACAACCUGGUGGUCCCAACUACUGUUCUCCUCCUCCGAGGGAUGGGAGUCGUUUUAUCGUUAAGAUACAAACCUUCGAAGAAGGUUUGUUUGAAGACAUUAUAGAUAUGAGAGGGUUCGUAAGUGACGAACAAGACCCAUACAAAGCUCGGAUGAGGCUUUACGAUCGUAGCCGUCAUGUCUUCUUUGAAUUUAGCGGUAAACCACAACUCUAUCAUUUAAUAACGGAGUGCGGAGUUAUCGGAAAGAUGUGUAAUCUCACAAAGAAAUUGUACUGUUGGGCAGCAUUUAAAGAUGACAAAACCCUUCGAAUUUUUACCCACGAACUUCCAGAAUUGCAAGAGUGGUGA